CUUCCUUGCCGCUCGACAGGAUUUAGGUUGAAUCCUGCCACCGAACAGCCCCUGAAGCAGAAAAUCAGAGCGAUGGAUUCAUCGAAUGGAAUUCUGAGCCGAGAGGCGGCGCAGUUUCUAGAAGAAGGGAUAUUUCUCGUUCUAUCGAGGUGGACGGCUUUGCAAAUGGCGGUGGAGAAUGAAUGGGGGGGCCGCGAAUCACGCCGGAAGUCUGAGGAACUUGCUUCCGCCAUUUUUUCGUGGUUCACUCAGUCCAAAGAACCUCUUUAUAUUGAUGAUUUGGAGAAAUUGCUUGAUGAAAAUAUGGAGAGUUCUUUCAAUACAGAAAUUGAUGAUGGUAGUGUUGAAGAGGUUGCCGAGCAAUUAAUGGUUAUUCAUGAAGACCUUCUUGGGGGAAAUUUCGCAUCAAUUGCAGACCUGAGGAAAGCAGCUCCUGCGACUGCCUCUGUCUCUCAAAGUAGAAAGGUUGAGGAGAGUUCUGAUGAUGAAGGAUCAGAUAUGAUUGUUGAUGAAUCUCCUCAAGCUGAAAGUUUAGGAGAUAAUAAAACUGAAGAAAUUCAAGUUGAUGAUGAGGGAUGGCGUGUCGUGCCGCCUAGGCGCAAUCGAGGCAAGCGGUUGGGUUUCGUGACUCUUUAGUUGGAAGAGUUUGUAAGACUUGGGGUCAUGGGUUCGAUCCCCCCCUAUGUGCAGGAUGAAAUUCUUAGGCACAUGAGGUUGGCCGAGAGGCUCUUCUAAUGUCCUAUACAUAUAUUGCAUUUUAUUGUAUUGAGAAUUUGAUCUUGGUAGAUCAGUAACAGAAAAUUUUAGCUUUGGGGUUCAUU